AUGGGCGAUUUCGUCGCCGGCUUCGAAGCGCUGGCCCAGGCGGCCGACGUGACCGUUCCACUGGGCCAGGAUAUCCUCUCUGCUGCGAUGAAGGGAGGACUCGAGGUCUAUGGCCGAUGGAGCCUGAUGGACAGGGAUGCGGCGUUCUCGCUAUUUUGUUCUAAUGUCGCGGAAGACAUGAUGGCGACAACUCAUAAUACAUUCGUCAAUGCAAUCAGUCCAGGCGAAAGAAGGAAGUCGACAUUCAGCUCGUUCAACUCGACAUCAUUCCAGACUUGGCGGCGUGAUCAACGUCGUUCCAGCCAACGAGAUAAUCAUUCCGAUAUUACAGCCAUCUCAGGCUCGUAG